GCUCAGUCACUCAUUAGACGCCAAGAUGAGUUACGGAUCUGAAUACAGUGCUUCUUCCUACAGAAAGAUUUUCGGGGACUCCCCUCGAUUCUCGUCCUCGAGAAUGAGCAGCCCCGCUUCCUCGAGGAAUUCUUUCUCUUCCAGCGGCUAUAGGUCCCAAUCCCUCUCCCGCAUCAGCUCUUCUUCCCUGGGCUCUUACCGGAGACCUGGACGCUCUUCGUUCUCGUCGAUGCCAAGCGACACCGUUGAUUUCGCCCAGACAACAGUGCUCAACAAUGAAUUCAAGACCACUCGAACGAAUGAAAAGGAGCAGAUGCAAGGGCUCAAUGACCGCUUUGCCAUGUUCAUCGAGAAGGUGCGCAAUCUUGAGCAGCAAAAUAAAGUCCUGGAGACCGAGCUGGUGACUCUGCGCGGGAGGCAGAAUGAACCGUCCCGCCUUGCUGAUAUGUACCAGCAGGAGCUCAGAGAUCUCCGUUCCCAGUUGGAGGCGUUAAACAACGAGAAGUCUCAGAUUCUAGUUGAACGGGACAACAUCGAAGAGGACCUGCAGAAACUAAGGGAUAAGUAUGAAGACGAGAUCAGGGCGAGGGAAGAGGCCGAGCAGACCCUCAAGGCGUUCAAGAAGGACGUGGACGAUGCCACUGUUGUCCGACUGGACCUGGAGAAGAAAGUGGAGUCUCUCCUGGAUGAGAUAUCUUUCCUGAGGAAGGUGCACGACGAAGAGGUGACGGAGCUGAUGAAUAUGUUGCAAGCAACACAGGUGUCGGUUGAGAUGGAGGUAACCAAACCCGAUCUCACAUCCGCCCUGAAGGAGAUCCGAGGCCAGUAUGAAUCGAUGGCCUCCAAGAACCUGCAGUCAGCGGAAGAGUGGUACAAAUCCAAAUUUGAAAAUCUUAACGAGCAGGCGACUAGGAGCAACGAAGCCAUGCGCGCGAGCAGGGAGGAGAUCAACGAAUAUAGGAGGCAGAUGCAGUCUAGAACCAUCGAGAUCGAAAGUCUCAGGGGAACCAACGAAUCUCUGGAAAGGCAGCUGAGAGAGAUGGAGGACAGGUACAAUGCCGAGAUGUCCGGUUUGCAGGACACUAUUGGUCAACUGGACAAUGAACUGAGGACCACCAAGGGCGAGAUGGCCCGUCAUCUGAGAGAGUACCAGGACUUACUGAAUGUCAAGAUGGCGUUGGACAUUGAGAUCGCAGCCUACAGGAAGCUUCUGGAAGGGGAGGAGACUCGGUUCAGCAGCGGGAUAACCUUCCCUAGCUCCAACGCCAGCUCCGGGUCCAGCCUGAACUACAGCUACCAGACCCGCAUAUACUCCGGCUCCUCCAAGGGAGGGAAGGAGGAGAAGCAGGAGGAGGCGCAGAGCAAGCACAGCAAGGCAGGUAACCAGCGCGAGACCAACGAGGAGUCCAAGAAGAUGGAGAAGAGCGACUCGGACCACUACUCCUCCGGCCAGAAGAACUAAACCCUCUCUUCUGACCCCUGUCCCAUUACAGUGUUCUGACCCCACCUUCACUCUCAUCACAGUUCUACAACUUUCUCUAUCGUUCUCUCUCUCCGUCUGUCUGUCUGUCUCACGUAACGAUCACUUGGAGAACACACUUCUGAAAACAUCACAAAACUUUCACUCUUUAGGGCAGGAACACACACUCUCUACAUGUCACGACGUGAACGGGUUUGCACACGACUGUUUAACACACAGCUAUAUUUGAAAUGAAAGUGCACUGCCGCAUGGUACCAAUGACUCUUCACACAUUCCACCGUGUGUGUGUGUGUGUGUGUGUGUGUAUGUGAGAAGUUAUACACAUACGGUGCAUAGUCAUCUCAGAACAUAUCAGAACUACAGCAGUGUAUCAGCAGUUCAGGUAAUGUGUCUUUUUCAUAGAUAAAGCUAAAAUUACAGCAAGGUUUAAAUAAGCAGUUUACGCUAUAAACCUUACCUGUAAGUAAUUCCCUGUUUUACCAGGUUACAAAUAUUUACAGGAAUAUUCAUGUUUUAUUAUUCAUAAAAUAACUUGAAAAGACACUCUGACACAUUUAUUUCGACUGUUCUCGAGGGCUUAUUCUAACAGGCCUUGACACUGUUUAUAUAAUCUGUCUAGUAAUCCGUAAAACCAAAUCCGUCAGAAUUGCAUCUACAAGUUCAUGUUGAGUACAGCUUUCAAAUUCAGAUGGAGUCAUUAUUAAAGAAGGAACCGCAUUCAUUGGUCCACAAACGUACAGAUUCAGAGGCAGUAUUGUUAUCCAAGAUUGCUUUAGAUGUUAGCCCUGCUUCCCUUAUCUUGAAAAGACUAUAAAUUACAUAUAACCAGCUGUAAAUUGCAUGUGUCUAUUUCAUGUUUGCAUGGUGACUGCCAUCCAUUUGACUUUUCACAUAUGACAUAGGCUUCCUUAAUCUCUCAUGUAAUCGGAUGCUACGUUACUACCCAUAUCAAAGCGUACAGCAGGAAUAUUACGAUGGAAAUGGUUGUACAAAAAUGAUAGUAGCUAACUGAAUUUUUGUAGUUUUGAUGUCUACAGUAUCACACAUACCACUGUCAUUAACACUAGUGGUUGACCGUUUAUGUGUAAAUGAAGAUUUCUCAGUGGGGGCACUUAAGGUAGUAUAAUCUUAUCAGUACUGAAAUGUAGAUAAAUUGUCAACAUCUAAAGACAAGUGUUGUGAAAAACGUGUGUUGUCGGCUUUAAGCUUACAUUGUUAAAAUGCUUUCAGAUGAAUUGCAAAAGUUGCGAAAUGAUCGAUAUUUAGCACGAAUGCAUGCGCCGACGGGCUGGACAUUUCUCCUUUCUAUACAAUCAAAAUAGCUAUGGAUGGGUCUCACAGAACUGUAUGCAUUGUGUCAUGUUAAAUGUAUUAUCAGUGAUGCCUGAAGCACAUGCUAACAGCCAUGAUCAACUUCUUUACCACAUAACUAAGCCUUAGUAAGUAGAGAGGAAAACUCUGUAAUAUUAUACCAGUGUGUCACUUG